CAGGGCGGCAGAUCAGCCUGUGAGCUCUGACGUAGCUGCACUUCCUUUUCGCUGUAGAAUGAGUUGUUGUUCUUAAAAUGGCGCCGUUGGACCUGGACAAGUAUGUUGAAAUUGCAAGACAGUGUAAAUAUCUUCCAGAGAACGACCUAAAGAGAUUGUGUGAUUAUGUCUGUGACCUACUACUAGAGGAAUCAAAUGUACAGCCAGUAUCAAGUCCAGUCACUGUUUGUGGUGACAUCCAUGGACAGUUUUAUGACUUGUGUGAACUUUUCAGAACUGGAGGACAAGUACCGGACACAAACUACAUUUUCAUGGGUGACUUUGUCGACAGAGGGUAUUACAGUUUAGAGACAUUCACAUACUUGCUAGCCCUUAAAGCAAAGUGGCCAGACCGCAUCACACUGCUGCGUGGAAAUCAUGAGAGUAGGCAGAUUACACAAGUCUAUGGCUUUUAUGAUGAGUGCCAAACUAAGUAUGGAAAUGCCAAUGCUUGGCGAUACUGCACUAAAGUGUUUGACAUGCUGACUGUUGCUGCCUUGAUAGAUGAGCAGAUCCUUUGUGUGCAUGGUGGCCUUUCCCCUGAUAUCAAGACUCUGGACCAGAUUCGUACCAUUGAGCGGAACCAGGAAAUCCCCCACAAGGGGGCAUUUUGUGAUCUUGUCUGGUCUGAUCCAGAAGAUGUAGACACUUGGGCUAUCAGCCCAAGGGGUGCUGGCUGGCUCUUUGGUGCCAAAGUCACCAACGAGUUUGUUCAUAUUAACAACUUGAAGCUGAUCUGCCGUGCACAUCAGCUGGUUCAUGAGGGCUACAAGUUCAUGUUUGAUGAGAAGCUUGUAACCGUGUGGUCAGCCCCCAACUACUGCUAUCGUUGUGGCAACAUUGCCUCAAUUAUGGUGUUUAAGGAUGUGAAUACACGGGAGCCCAAAUUGUUUCGUGCCGUGCCUGAUGCAGAGCGUGUCAUUCCACCCAGAACCACAACACCCUACUUCCUCUGAGGGCAAGGUCGAUGCCCACUGUGUCCACCCUCCCCUCUUUUCAUCUUGGUCAACCUCUCUCUGUCUUUUUUAAGCCUAAAGUGUUUUUUCCCCUUUUUUUCGUUUUUUUAAGGAAUCUGCAUCCCCUCUCACUGUCCCUUACUUUCAGGUUAGAUUAUAAAAAACCCUGAUAAUGUUACUAGCCCUUUUCAUAGGAAGUGCAAGCUUGUCACGUUGACAUUUUGUGGCAAGUAAGCAAUGCCCCACUUGGUGCUUUUUUUUUUUUUCCUUUUUUUUUUUUUUUAAAUAAUAAAUGGAUUUAAUCAUACGUGGUACUACAACUCCUAAAAAAUGUACACCACUUAGACCAAAAGUAUGGGCCUUUAAAUACUGGUGUAUUCAGGUUGUUUAAUUGGGUCAUAUAGUAAAGAAGUUGAAGUAUGUAAUAAAAUUGCUUGAAGGGAAUGAGGUUGGACCAGGUGAUGAGACAGAGGAGUCUGAUUAUUUUGUACAUUUAAAUUUGUAUUGAUAAUUUCAUCUUUUUCAGAUUUGUUGUAUUUUAUUAUUGUAGAGAUGGUGACCCACAUACCAAUUAAAUAUUGAAAAAUAAACUCCUUUAUUAUUAAUUUAAAAAUGUA